AGCAGAUAGAGCGGAAGAGGCGAGAAGUAACAUCGCUGGCAGAGUUAGAAUUCCUGCUCUCUGGAGGACCGCCUAACUAGGCCAAACCAACAAUCAGUGACGUAGUCCGUAUAAAAGCUUCGCUCCACCGGUGUCCGCACAGCACUCUGGAUUAGAACUUCACCGAGAGGAUAAAAUUAUCUCCAAGAUGAGGGUCUUCAUAUGUUGUGUCCUAUUAUUAGGAAUCGGAGUGAUAGCUGAGGAAAGAGUGAAAAGACAAGCAUAUACUUUCCCUGGACCACGAAGUGAGAGAGCACACCGCCCUGCUGCCAACGCCGCUCCAGUUUACGUUGAAGAGCAGGAUGAAGGCGAAGUGUAUCCUAGAAGGCAAUUUCAAGCGCAGCCUGUACAGCCACAGUACGCACCACAAGCUAGAGCACAAGCUCCAGCAGCUCCAGUAGCUCCAGCGCCUCAACCAGCCUACGAACCAGCUCCAGCUGCUAGACAGGCCGCCCCUGCCGCAAGGACUGAUUCUGCUCCCAGGAGAAGGUCAUCUUCAUCUUCCUCAUCAAACAAUCGGGCCAAUAAGUAUGGCUCUGCACCACAGCAGUCUUUGAAUGGACGUGAAGAAGAACCUGAAGAGGAACAAGGGCCAGAUCCCUUGACCCUUCUUCUGGAAGACUCUCAAUUCACAUGCGGCGGCAAAAAUGAUGGCUACUACGCAGACGACAGCGUUGGUUGCCAGGUUUUCCACUAUUGUGUCGGGGGUGCCAAGCAUUCCUGGAUGUGCCCAGAGAAUACUGUUUUCCACCAAGUCCACUUGAACUGUGUCCCUGACGCUCAAGAUAUUUGCGCACAAUCCCAAAAAUUCCAUUUCGUCAACGAGUACUUGUACAAACCUCUUGACUACGAUGGUCCUAAUAACACAGCCAGAUAUUCUCAGAGAUAUUACCCAGACGGUUACAGUGUUGGAGAUCCCAUUGUUUCCCCACAAGAACAAAGAAGAGCUCCAGCACCUCAACCACAAUCAUAUGCUCCCCCAGCUCAGCAAGCUCCCCGAUCUCCUCCCAGACAGGUUGCCCCAGCUCCACCACCCCAGCCUGCUUACAGAGCUCCAGCCCAACCAGCACAGCCAGCACCCCAACCCAGACCUGCUCCAAGACCUUCCAGACCUUUGGAAUCUUAUCCAGUGGAAGAACCACCAAGUUACAGGCAGUCUGCUCCAGUUAGGCCUGCUCAGCCUCAACAGGCCUACCGUGCUGAACAGCCCCAUCAGGCAGCUCCACCACAAGUAUCUUACAGGGAGGUGGCAGCUCAACAAGUAGCCGCACAGCCUCAACAGGGCUAUAGAGCUGCAGCACCUCAAGCACAAGCCCGACCACAAGCAGCCUACAGCAGCAGUGAAGAAUAUCAGCCUCAACCACAGAGCAGGAGAGCAGCUGCCGCAGCUCCCCAAAGGCCUACGGCCGCCUAUGCACCCCCACGAUCCCAACACAGAGCAACAAGUGCCAGAGCGUCUGCUGGCUACCAGCCUUACGCCUCUAACCAAGCAGCUGGAGUCCAUUACGACGAAGACUACUAAGCCAAUCGAGAUUUUAGUGAUAAACUGAUUUUUUACUUAUUUUUGUAUUUCAAUGCAUGGUUGAUGAUUUCAUGUCCAUCCAUUAUGAACAAGUUUCAGAGUCUCCUCUGAUGCACUGUUUUCAAGUCUGCUGGGUUGUCUGAAUCAGACUAAUAUAGGUUAACAGAACAAGAUGCCUUUCUGUAGAAUGCUAAAGCGAGUCAUCUUUACAUUCACAUCGUGAGUCGUCUAUUCGAAGUAAAUAUAUCAAAAAAGUUAAAUAGGAGCAAAUUUGUAAUAUAAUAAUAGACGUUUAAUUAAAACAUGAAAUAAAUUAUUGCACACUUCUAAAUAAGUCAUACAAUACAUUAGCUGAAAAUUAUAAUAUUGUUAAUUAUGGCACAAUUUCGUCAUAAUCACUUUUUACAAGGCAUUUGAAUUCUUGCCCCAAAAGUAAAAAAUAAUAACACAGUUUUUUCAUAUAGAUUUAGUUUUAUAUUUUACAAGUGGCUUUUAUUAUAUCUUUAUGUUUUAUUUUAUACUUUUAAGUAAUAAAAUAAAAUAGGUAUCACUAUUAAGAACAAAUGACAAUCAGUUUCAUAAAAUUAAUGUUAAAAAUUGAGUCAAAUUUUUAUGAAAAUUUAUAUGCUUUAAAUCUAAAUUGAUAAAAAAAAAAAAAAAAAACUCAAAAGAGCGCGUUGCCUAAUUUUGCUGUAAAAAUAAUAAAAAUCCCAAAUAUUGCAUUCUAUAAUCUUGCAACAAUAUUUGCUGGUAUUGUUUGCGAAUGAUUUACGCUUUAUGUAAGAUGAGGUUUUGAAUCAAAAACACUUUUCUUCCACCGACAAAAUUAAUUCAAUAUGUUAUAUAAAUAAAAUACAUUUGUACA